UGGCUAUUAUGAAGUCAAUCAUUCGUGCAAGAGACAAGGGUGUAAAAUUUGAAGUACAUUGGAGUGCUGAAGACCAACUAAUUUUUUUUCAUCAGGCUUGUGUCUCAAUAGAGGAUGGGUAUCUACCUAAAGUUACUUUUGUAGUGGUCCAAAAGAGACAUCACACCCGUCUCUUUCCUGUCAACCCCAAAGAGACCGAUAGAAGUGGAAAUAUUAUGCCAGGAACCGUGGUAGACACCAGCAUUUGUCACCCUAGGGAAUUUGAUUUUUACCUUAACAGCCAUGCAGGAAUUCAGGGGACUAGUCGACCAACGCAUUAUCAUGUGCUGUAUGAUGAAAAUAAAUUCACUGCAGACCAGCUACAGAGUUUGACCAAUAACUUGUUAUCUUGUAUGCAGUUCCUCCUGCCUAUUAUGCACACUUGCUAUUAUUCAUCAUGGGUGGAUGGGCGUUAUUUUGUUUAGUAUUGGUUAGAACUACUAGACAGCUUUUGGAUACAGUGGUCACUGGGUGUUGGUUGCUAUGGAUCUUUCGAGACUAAUAGUGUAUAUUGUUGUUGUACUUUUACUAAAUCAUGAAUAUGUUGUUGUAUAUUGUUGAUCAAAGAAUCAUAUAUUAAUGUUGUAUAUAUGAAGGAUUAAUGUUGUAUAUAAAUGGAUUCAUGUUGUAUAUAUCAAUGGAUUAAUGGUGUAUAACAUUGGAUUAAAGGAUGAAUUCAAUAUGAAUUUUACA